AUGUCUUCACCCUCGAACAGCUCGAAGGGUCUACUACCAAACGACCUACUUACCCCAGGGCCAGACAGCCCCGUCCAGCCGCGGAAGCCUUACCGCUUCGGCACUCUUGUUGCCACUGUCGAGAAUCCAGACCAGAAGGACCAAUAUGGUUCGAGCUCUGUACCGAUUUACCAGACCGCGACCUUCAAGGGGGGACCUGGUGGUGAAUACGACUAUACUCGCAGCGGGAACCCGACGCGCAGCCAUCUCGAACAUCAUAUUGCCAAAAUAUCCUCUGCGUCACAUGCAUUCGCCGUCUCGUCUGGCAUGGCCGCUCUCGACGUCAUCCUCCGUUUGCUGAAGCCCGGAGACGAGGUCAUCGCGGGCGACGAUUUGUACGGCGGCACGAACCGGCUGCUCACGUACAUCAAGACGCACGGCGGCGUUAUCGUUCAUCACGUCGACACAACAAACGCCGAAAACGUGCACAAGCACGUAGUCGCCGGAAAGACUGCGAUGGUGCUGCUCGAAAGCCCGACCAACCCUCUGCUCAAGAUUGCGGAUCUUCGCAAGAUCGCACAAGACGUCAAAGAGCGCGCGCCUGCCGCGAUCGUUGUAGUGGACAACACCAUGAUGAGCCCGUACCUCCAGCGUCCCCUCGAAUACGGCGCGGACAUUGUCUACGACAGCGGUACCAAGUACUUGAGUGGCCAUCACGACCUCAUGGCUGGCAUCAUCACUUGCAGCCGCGAUGACAUUGGGAAGCAAUUGGCGCACAUCAUCAACUCCAUUGGGAAUGCGCUUACCCCCUUCGACUGUUUCCUUCUCCUCCGCGGUAUCAAGACACUCGCAAUCCGCAUGGACAGACAACAGGCGUCUGCUAUGGCGGUUGCAAACAUGCUCGACCGCCUUGGCUUCACCGUCUACUAUCCCGGCUUGGAGAAUCACCCAGGACGCGAGAUUCACGAGCGCAACGCGGAGGGCCAUGGAGCUGUACUGUCGUUCACUACCGGUGACAUCGCGUUGAGCGAGCGCAUCGUCGCUGCCACUCGUCUCUGGGGAAUCAGCGUCAGCUUCGGCUGUGUCAACUCACUCAUCAGCAUGCCGACCCUCAUGUCUCACGCAUCUAUUGACCCGUCUGUACGAGCCGAGCGCGGGUUGCCAGAGGAUCUCAUCCGUCUUUGCGUUGGAAUCGAGGAUGCCGCAGAUCUCAUCGACGACCUCGAGCACGCUCUUCUCGAAGCUGGCGCCAUCACCGUCUCCGCUGUAGCCGAUCGCCACAUCUACGUGCGCCCGUCGGAGCAGCAGAACGGUAUCAAUCGCGCGGUCGAGAAGCUCGCAUACAACGCCGCUGCUGCCCGCGACGCGGAGUGGAUUGUAAGCGCUCCCGGAAAGGUUAUCCUGUUCGGCGAACACGCAGUAGUACAUGGAGUAACGGCAAUUGCCGCUGCUGUUGACCUCCGCUGCUACGGCUUGUCUUCCCGGCGAGACGACGGCAAGAUUGGAUUGCGUUUUGCCGAUCUGGGCGAUUUCUCUCACGACUUUGUUGUGGACGACUUGCCAUGGGACGCACUGACGACGACGGCCGACGAUGCUUGUCCGGAAGUCCUGGAUCACCAUCUCAUUUCCACGAUUCAAGAGCGCGCCCUGCCCGAAUCUACCGGCCACUCGUCCAAGGCGGCAGUAGCCGCCGUCGCCUUCAUUUACCUCUACAUGAUGAUCUUCCACGAUCACGACCGCCCAUCUAUCAACUUCACUGUCCGUUCCAGCCUUCCAGUAGGCGCUGGCCUCGGCUCUUCCGCCGCCUUCUCGACAUGUGUUGCCUCUGCCCUCCUCCUCCUCCGACAACGCAUCAAGCUCCCCAGCACACCCGAGCCUUCCCGUGGAGCACACGACACCGACCCCGGACACCUCCACAUCUCUCACUCCGGGCGUCGUGCCAUCCCUCACGAGACAGCUGAAGAAGUCAACCGCUGGGCCUUCCUCUCCGAGAAGAUCUUACACGGCAACCCGAGCGGUAUCGACAACUCCGUCUCAGUCUUCGGCGGCGCGCUUGCGUACACGCGCGCGGGCUUCCCGCACAAGCUUAAGAACAAGAGCGGGAUGGAGCAGAUCAGCGGGUUCAAGAGCUUGAGGUUCAUGCUCACAGACUCGCAGGUGCCGAGGGACACCAAGGCGCUUGUGGCGGGUGUUGGAGAGCUGAAGUUGAAGGAUCCGGAGAAUGUUGGGAAGAUCUUGAAGGCUGUUCAGAGUAUCAGCGAUGAGGCGCAUAGGGCUCUCGGAGACCCGGAGAUGUCGCGCGAGGAACUCUUGCUUGCUCUUUCGGCGUUGAUCGACGAGAACCACACUCAUCUCAUCUCCCUCGGCGUCUCCCACCCCGCGCUCGAGCAGAUCCGCUCGACCACUCGCGCAGCCCCAUACAACCUCAGCACCAAGCUGACCGGUGCAGGCGGCGGUGGUUGCGCCGUCACGCUGAUCCCGGACAACAUGGACGACUCCGCCCUCCAGACACUCGCAGCUGCACUUGCUGACGCUAAGUUUGUACCAUACUUGACGGCCGUCGGUGGCAGCGGUCUAGGUGUACUCCCUGCCGACCGUGCGACUGGCGAGCGCGGACCGAAGGUCACGGAGUUGUUUGAGAAGAGCCAAGGUGCGGCUUUGCAUGAUUGGGCUGAGGCGAGAGGAAGGUGGUUGUAUGUCUAG